AUGGCACUCCUUCGAACACUCGUUUCGCUGAUUGCGGCGGCUUCUGCUAUGCCAGCUCCACAAACAAGUUCUUCUCUUUCUUCCCGCGCAGUCUGCGAUGGUAACACUGCUUCUGACCGAAGUGUCUGGUGUGAUUACAGCAUCGACACCAAUUGGUACGAUGAGGCUCCCGACACCGGCGUCACUGUCGAGUACUGGUUUGACGUUCAAAAUGUCACUGCGGCUCCAGACGGUGUUGAGCGGAUGGUUCUGGCUGUCAAUGGCUCUGUCCCGGGCCCUUUAAUUGAAGCGAACUGGGGAGACACUGUCAAGAUACAUGUGACGAACAGCAUGACAUCCAACGGCACUGGCAUUCACUGGCACGGUAUCCGCCAGAACCACACUAACCAGGAAGAUGGAGUCCCUUCCAUUACCCAGUGUCCCAUCGCUCCCGGCGAAUCUUACACCUACACCUGGAAAGCCACUCAGUACGGGACAUCGUGGUAUCACUCUCAUUACAGUUUGCAAGCUUGGAAUGGCGUAUUCGGUCCUAUGGUCAUUCAUGGUCCUGCGACAGCAAACUACGACGAGGAGCUUGAGCCCAUUGUGCUCAGCGACUGGACUCACCAGACUUGCGACGAGCUCUACAGCUACGCACAGACUGUUGGCCCGCCUGAGCUCCAAAAUGGACUCAUCAACGGUCUCAACACCUUCGAAGACGGUGGCUCGCGAUACGAAACCAGCUUCGACUCGGGCAAGAGCUACCUCAUCCGCAUCGUCAACACCGCGAUCGACACUCACUACAAGUUCGCCAUUGAUGGACAUUCCUUCCAAGUCGUUGCUAUGGACUUCGUCCCCAUCGUUCCCUACGAGACCACCUACCUAGACAUUGGCAUGGGCCAACGCUACGACAUCAUCGUCAACGCGGACCAAGAAACUGCCGACUACUGGAUGCGCGCGGUCCCACAAUCGUCGUGCUCCUCCAACGCCAACAGUGCCGACAUCCGCGCCAUCGUCCGCUACUCGGCGUCUUCAACCUCCGACCCGACCUCCACCGCCGACUCCAACCUCUCCAAUGCCGACUGCAACGAUGAGCUCCUCUCCAAUCUCGUGCCCUACCUCUCGCAAACUGUUGUCGAUCCUCGGCAAGAUGAGGACCUCGGGGUCAGUAUCAGCCAGACAGGCAACCUGUUCAAGUGGCAGAUUGGACUCAACAGCAUGCUUGUGGAGUGGGCGAACCCGAGCUUGCUGCAAAUCUCCGAGGGCAACGCGACGUUCGAGUCGCAGGAGAACGUUUAUCAACUGACGAACGCUAAUGAAUGGGUGUACUUUGUAAUCGAGACGCAGUUGGCGGUGCCGCACCCGAUUCAUUUGCACGGGCAUGACUUUUUCGUUCUAGCUGCGGAGGAAGAUGCUACCUACGACGACUCGGUCACUCUCAAUCUGAACAACCCACCAAGGCGAGAUGUCGCCAAUCUGCCAUCGGCAGGAUACCUCGUCAUCGCCUUUUUGACGGAUAACCCUGGAGCGUGGUUGAUGCACUGCCACAUCGGAUGGCACACCUCUGAAGGUCUUGCGCUGCAGUUCGUUGAGCGCGAAUCUGAGAUCCCUGAUCUCCUUUCUACCUCUGUCCUGCAGGACACGUGCGCGGCGUGGAAUGACUGGGCCGGCACCGUGGGCAUUGAGGAGGAGGAUUCGGGCGUGUAA